AUGGCCGAAGCAGAAAUGGCUGCAGUCAUGGUUCGACAACAACUUCUUCAAGACAAACACAACCUCGAAGAGCAGGAGGAGCAGCUGAGGAGGAAAAAAGAGCAGAUUUUGUUGGUGAAACUGGAAGAGCUGUGGGAACAGAAAUGUAAUACUGACUUUCCAGAGUAUGUGAAGGAUGAACAUGAACCUUCAAAAGAAGACCAGCAGCUUAUGGAUGGUGACUGUACAAAGAACAGGGAGGAGCUGAAGGAGCAGCUGGAAUAGAAGAAGAAGAAGGUCUCUGGAGCCCUGGCUGACUUUGAAGACAAGAUGAAUGUUAAACUGAGGAAAUAACUGGCAAAGAACAGAGAGAAGCUCUUUGGUAAAAGCGAAAAAGACAAAGACAAAAGGAUGAUGGAAAAGGAAGAGAAAAGGAAGAAAAAGAAAAAGUGAAAGAUCAGACUGUUCAGAGAAUCUGAAUCUGAUGCUAACAGCAAGAAAAAGAUAAAGGAGGAAGUGGACGAAGACAAGGACGUUAGGACUGUAAGAAAAGGGAAGGCUGAGCGACGUUAUAAGGACUCAGCAACCAAGUCCUCCGCAGACUCUGAAGUGGAAGAAGUAACUCUCUAAAAAAAGACAAACGAAAAGGGAGAGAGAAGUAGUGAGGAAAAGGAGAAAAUUAGAGACUAAUCCAAGAAGGGGAGGAUAAAGAAGCACUUUUCCCCAACCACCUUCUGCUUCUUAAAACAACACCAACCCUACCACCAGGGAAAUUUGUAUCUGUCUGAAUCAGAUACCACAACCUGCUAA